GGAAUCCCAGGGAAAAUCAAAGACUGCACUGCAGAAUUCCUGCCAGAAGAGAAGGAAGGCAGGAAGAAACACACCCAGAUCCCUGGCACGUGAAUAGUUGUGCUUAGAUGUGCCUCUAGAAUUGAGUGCAGAAUUGCUCAGCAUGGCUGCUGAGGCAUGGCAAUUGAAAAAUGAAACCUGCACAAGUUCAGUGGACAUGGAACUCUUCCUGCAUUGUUCACUACUUCCAUCGAUUGCCAUCAUUGUGGUGCUGUCCUGUCUCGAAAAAAGAGCUAGGAGAAGCCGGCUAGAUGAAAAAUGGCCUCUUCUCAACAGGAGAUGCGGCAUGGUCACACCCUUGGAUUUUACGGGGGCAUUCAGCAAUCGGUGGUCCCUGGGCUUUGCCUUUGGAGCUACAGCCAACAAAGUCAUGAUUCUGUUUUCGGAAAACUAUCUCCCACUGCCCAGCAAGUUCAGAUGGGCGCAAGCCUUUGUUCUUCUCACUGGUGCCCUGGAAGUGGGCCUUUCAUCCUAUCCUUUCUUCGCUUGCCUGUCCACACAUUUCUCGAUCAUGGGGGCCACACUUGGAUUCCUCUACACAGGAAGUUGGUUUGUCAUCAUAGCCAUGAACAUUGUGCAGUGCCCACAUGGACAAAUCAUCGGGGAAUAUGAAAAUAUUAUUUUUUACUGGCCCUCCUUGCUCUGCCAGGUUUUCCUGCUAGGCAGAUUUGUCCAUAUGUUUGUGAAAGCGUCAUGGGGCCGACUCCGGCUGCCUCCUCUAAGUGAGGAGGAGGCCACCUUCUUGGAAGCACAUCAGACUCAAUAUGUCCAGCAGCUCAUGAGGAAGCCUCCACUGAUGCAGCCUCAGAGAUCCUGGAUCCGGCAGAAGGUGUAUGAAUGGGACCCUUAUUUUCAGUUCCCCAGCAGGAUGAUCACCAUGGCUGUGCUUGCCCUUAUCUGCCUCUACAUGUUUGUUGUGAAUGAGUUUUAUGUCUACAAGCUGGUUUCACAAGUGCUGGAAGCUCUGAAGUCCACCUUUGAUGUGGUUAUUGUUUCCAGCAAUACAACAGAAGUAGUUGCCCGGGUCGAGUAUUUGAAAGAAUUUAUUGACGUCACAGAAGGUGUUUGGUUUUUCACCACCUUCACUGCCUGCCUCACCAGUGUCAGCUACGUCUUCCACAUCUUGGCCUGCUACAGAAAGCACAUGAAACGGCUGUGGGCUGGGCAGAAGCAAUUCCUUCCGUUGGUGUUUGUCAGGCUGUCAUCUUCUCAAAAUGUGGCUGCAAUAGCAAGAUACUCCGGUUGGCAAAUUGCAUACAUACUAUGGGGGUACCUGAUCAUCCACAUGGUUCAGUGCCUCUUUGGGGUGAUGUUCAUGUAUGGUUUUGUUUUGCCCAUCAAGCAUGGUCAUGGGAUCGGAAUGCUUAAAAGUCUGGGAACUGGGAUCCUCACACUUGCCGUUGUCAUAGGGCUCAUGCAACUGCAGAUUGCAACAGCUACUGCCUUCUUUCUUCAGCCGAAGAUUUUGCUGACUGACAAGGAAAAGCCUUUGGCUCUUGAUAACAGGAAAGCUUUCCACAAUUUCAACUACUUCUUAUUCUUCUACAACGUGGUGCUGGGCCUGGGGGCCUGCCUGUUCCGUCUGCUGUGCAGUGUCAUCGUGGGAGCCUGGCUGAUUGCUCGGAUAGACAGGACAAUCAUGCCCAAAGGCUAUGAAGCUGCUGAUCUGGGAUUCAGGACAUGGAUUGGGAUGCUCUUUAUGGACCACUACCACACAAAUCCCACCCUCGUCUGUUUUUGUCACCUCCUUGUGGUUCAAACAAGAGACAGACAACAGCAGAGAACCACCAACUAUCAUCAUUUCACCAACGCAACAGUAACAGAUUUCAGGGUUUCCAACAAAGCCAGGACCAGAUGGCUGUUGUCAUACACUCUUCUAAAUAACCCCAGCCUCUCAGCACUCAGGAAACCAAAAUGAGGGUCCUCUCCUACAAACGUGUUGCUAAUUCCCCCCACUACAGAUGCAACGGGACUGAAAUGAACCUCACUGAGACUGCAUUGCCAUAUUCCUCAUAUGCAACUUCCUAAUACUGUAUCAGAGCAUUGGCCCAUCAAGCUGAGUCUAUGUACUAAGAUUGGCUGCCGGUCUACUCCAGUUCUGCCACCUGAGACCCUCUUAACUGAAGAGACUCCAGCGAUUGAAUCUGGGACCUUCUGCUUGCCAAGGAAAAACUCUGCUAUUGAGCUCUAACCAUUCAUCCCCUGAACUUGAGCUUGCUAUUUGAAAUGGUCUGGAGAACUGCUAGCCCAGAUGUCUUUAUGCCCGUAUGAUGUGGAAGAUAUCUGAAUACUACCUCAUUUGCUGGCUUUCAUCAUGCUUCCGGCAUUUUUUCAUUGUUAUUUCUCCAGUGAAACCCACCUCCGGGUGAUUUUUUUGGCAUAGAUGAAUCUAACUGCUGGAAUUGUAGACAAAAGGCCUCUGAUAUGUCCAUCCUUCCCCAGUAGAAAAUGUACUACAGCUGCAUCUUCAAAAUUCACAUGACAGCACUGUGGUCAAACUGGUGAUGUCACAGCACACACCAGUGAGGUCAUAGUUACUGUACCCAGACAUCAGAAAGGCCACAGCUCAGUAAGCCUGAUGCCCAUAUAUGUUUGGAAAUCAUCCAGUUUUAAUUUUUUACUGCUGGUAAAAGUUUGUAAUUCAAAAUGAGUAUUCAGAAAUAUUGACAAUUUGAACAUUGCAA